CUUAUGAUUUGAUAUAUCCAAUCAAUGCAAAAGCAUGGUCCGGCAGCAACUACACCUACAUGCUUCUUGGUACAUCCUGCAUGUAACAUGCAUGUUUGAUCAUAUUUAAUUACUGAUGUUGCUGCAAAGUUGGCUCAAGACCUCCUAGAUCAUCCUGAAAGUGCUACAAACGGGUCAGAGCAAACAUGCCGGCCCUUCCAAACUCGCGCUGCUUGGAAGAGACGCCGUUAAAGGAGGAGCUAAACAUCGAGUCGGGCGAAGAGAAGUCUGAGGAGACCCCGCAACAGCCUUACCGCUUGGCCCCAUACAAGGCUUUGUCGAUUGCGGCGGUUUGCAGCCUCUUUGUCAUUGCUGCCUGCUUUAUGAGGGUGCGAAAGGCUGAGGAAACUGGCAUGGAUGCCAUUGCCAAGUGGGAUUCCAGCGAGGCAUCUGGCCAAUGCGGCAAUAUGGAGAAGAACUUGGAUUACGUUGAAUACUCUGGUUGGGGAACCAAUCUCGACCACAUUCCAGACCCGGACAUGUGCUGCGCUUUUUGCCAGGCAAACCCCAAGUGCAAAUCCUUUGUCUGGGUGGAGGAUGCUGGACUUCCAGGGAAUCCUAGUCAGUGCUGGCUGAAAGGUGGUGAGCCCGUGGACAAAAAGCCCAAAGAUGGUGUCGUUGCUGGAAUCCCACCUCCACGCCAGCCAUUUCAGAUGGUGCCACAAGAGGCUUCUCCCGAUCAGUUCCCCGUGGAUCGCGCUGGCAUGUUCUGCUUCUCGCUGAUGUUACCCUUUGGCUACGAGGUGGAGUUAUUGGCCUGGCAGUACAAUCAGCAGGUGAGUAUUUUCGCAUGCGACAAAUUCGCAGUCUAUACCAACAAGUCCAUGGAGGUUGGGGCUGGCACAGGGCUUUAUACUCAUGUGGUGGACAGCAAUCUUCACUGCCAAGUUGGUGGCGACUCACAGUCUGCACUGAACAGCUGGAUUUUCAUUGCCGUCUGGAAGAAGGUCUUGGAAGAUGGAUACUGGAGAGAGUAUCCUUGGACUGUGAAAGUGGACCCCGAUGCCGUCUUCUUGCCACUUCGAGCUCGGCCAAUUCUCAUGCAGUACUAUGGUGAACCGUACAUCAACAAUUGUCGAUACGGAAUGCAUGGCCCUGUGGAGUUCUUCGGCCAGAAAGCGAUGGAAGCUUUGAAUGGGCAAUAUCAAGCCAGCUACGAUGGGAAGGCGCCAAAAGCCUGUGUGGAGAAGCUGCACUUCGGCCUUUGGGGAGAGGAUAUGUUUAUGGACCAGUGCUUGCGCAAAGUCCUGCAGGUCACUGAUGGCCAACCACCAGCCCUAGCACCUGAGCUGAUGUGUGAAGCGCAUUGUGAUUGCCCAGAGUGGAUUUGGUGCAGUGGCAGCGCGGUGUCCUUCCAUCCUUUCAAGUCUAUAGCAAGUUACAAGAACUGCUUGGCCAACGCGUUCUCAGGCGCUACCCCUCAGUGAGCCACUGCACACAGAAAAAGCACCACCUUUGCUGUGCGGGACCAGAGAUGUUCGCCCGCACAAUCCAAGGGAGUCCCGGAACGGGCUAUGGUGCAAUCCAAAUCCAUAGGUCCAACCAAGAUCGAAGGUGCCUCUUGAC